CUGCUGCAUUCCCAAAAUCUUUCCUUUGCUUGGCGCAGUCGGAUGAUCUGAAGUUGACGACUGUGGAGCCAGAAAAAAGUGUCGGGUUAAGAGCUCCAGGAGCAGCACACAAGCAGACUGGCUCUUGUAUUCUCUCGCCAUCCCUCCAUUCGCCAUCUGAACGACCCAAUCCAGGGUGCUUCCUGCCACCCAAUUUCCCAAUUGGCACUGUACCCGACGAACAAGGCGAGCAAGUGGAAACCAAGCAACACGGCCUUCAGUCAGACUGCACGGGCGCCUCAACUCUCAACCCCCUGCCCGCGUUUUCCGCGAUGCCGACAACCUCCGCUCCACGCAGCGUCUCGGACGCGACGCGCUUCACCCCAACGACGCCCCAUGCGAGCUCCAAAGCGGCCGCGCCGCGGUUUACUUCUGUCGGCGGGAGCAGCAAGGCCCCGGGAGGGGCCGCUCCCGCUGGCGGUGCCGGUGGUGGCGGCGGCGGUGGUGGCGGUCGGCGAAUUGGAGGAGGGCCGUUCACCGAGACACCAGACCAAAAAGUCGCGCGGUUACGAGCUGCGCACCGGAGAGCCAAGGCGGCCGAGAUCUCAAAGUUUGACAAGAUCGUCGACGGCGGCCGGCGUUUCUUCGAUUCGGCACACAAGGUGACGGUCAUUGGCCUGAUUGGCUUCACGGCAAUUGCCAGUCUCCUCACUGUCUACACGGCCGCCGACAUGAUGAUGUACAACAAGAAGCGAAAGACCGAGUUUAUCGAGGCGCAGAAGAAGCUCGAAGCCGACAGUCUCGAGGCCGCCCGCCUGGCCUACAUGACGGGCAAAGCCACCGAGGAGCAGAUUUCCCUCGUGGAAGAGGUGCUGGAGCGGGAGCGCGAGGCGGGCCAGACGUCUGGGCCGCUCCUCUUCUCCAAGCUUCCCAGCCUGCUGGGAUCGCCGCAGCCCACUGGCGAGCGGAGUCCUGCCGCUGCCGCCGCCGACACCACAGCAGGCAAGCCGCAGCGGGUAACGGAGGCAGCGACAUGGCCCAAGGGCGCAGAUUCGCAACAACAGCAGCAACCUAGCAGCACCAAGAAGUCAUCAGGGAUAUGGGGCUGGAUGUCGUCGACGCUCAAGAAGGAGGAGGAAGGCGACGACGCCGGGACCGCCCAGCGGAGGCUCGGCUGGGAGAGCCUCAGCGAGGAGGACGACGGCGCGGGCGUCCGGGACAGCGACCUUGUCCGUGCCGUAGAGGACAAGGCGCUUGCAGCCCUCGAAAAGGAGAAGGCAAACCAGAGGAAGGGCGGGCCGCUGGACCGGGUCGGCCUGGAGACCGAGGCCAAGCCCGCCGCCACCGCUGCCGGGACAGAGCCGAAACGGAAAGGGUGGCUGUGGUGAGUGAGGCGCGGCCAUAAAACACGGGGCUGCCGCCUGGAAGACGCGGCAACUCCCGAUUUUUUGUGUUCAAAAAAAGGAUUCCGCUGCUAUUCAACCACGCUGCCGCCGGUAUGGCCAUUUCUUUACUGGCUUUCCGGGGAGUCAAACUCCUUUGCAGAGAAGCGGCCUUGCCACGCCAGACUAUGGCCAUCAGUGGGUAAAAUUAAGAGAUUUGGGCGCGAGAGCUGUACUAUAUAGUAUAUGUAGGUUAGGCAGACAAGGACGCGCGCAUGAACCAGCGUAGAGGUCGUGUAGUGUACAUAGACUUUUUAUUUUAUUCGUGUCUUUAAUGCAACCGUCUUUCUUUUUCUUCACCGGG